AUGGCAAAAUCCACAUCUGUGAUUACUCCAAUUACUGUGACAGUGAUUCUGAACAACAUAAUGCCAAAAAGCGAUGAAACUCAUACUGACAUGGCCAAUGAUGACGACUCUAACUAUAACACCAAUAAUG